AUGCCCGCCACGACUCAAAAUGCGUCGCUCGACGAGUCUCCAUCGCCCUUGACCAAUCCUGGGGCCGCGCCGCCUGUCUGGCCGGUGACCGAGCUGCCGCCUACUGCCUCUGCGGUCCUACCUCCUCUCAGUACGCCGAACAAUUCUGUGCCACCUAGGAAGCCGCUCCCCGGAAACGGCACUGUUUCCUCCGAAGUAAAGACCUCGACGACUCCAGCUCAGGACAUGUCUCCUAUCCUCGAGGCCCCAUCGCCUACACAACUACCCACGGCCAGCGGCGAGCUUGAGGCGAACGGCCAGGAAAAUGGAAAUGAUGCUCUUGCGUCCGUGCCACAAGGUCGGCGGAGUGUCCAGUUUGCCCGUAGAGAUGGCGUCCCGGAAUCAGCCUCCCAUUCCCGGCAGCCGUCCUGGGAGGAUCCCGAUGGUGGGAAUAGAUCGAAACCUUCCUCCUUUAUAUCGAAGUUGAAGGCGCUUGCGGUGACCGGCGCAUUACAAACUCAAAAGUCUCCCUCCGUCGAUCCUCAAAUGGCGAGCCAGUCACUCCCAAGCUCACCCAUCGGCGGCAGAUACCCCAGCCGGAACGGUCACCUACAAAAUGAAGGCGGCGGUGAUAGCGACGCAGAUGCCGAUGCCGAGGAGACGGCCGACGAAGCUGCCGCGGAAGAAGUACGCAAGGCGAUGAAGGAAAAGAAGCAGCGUGCCAAGAAAAUGCGCCGUCCCAGGAUGCCCGAUUUCGCUUCUACGCCCAACACACCUAUCCACAAGAGUUCGGCUGAUGCUGCAAACGUUGGCCGACGGUUCAUUAGUAGACGCGCGAGUUUGUCUGGACCAUCCGAUAUGCAGCAUCACCGGGAACUUUCCGAUGGGGAGGGCCGAGAUGACGCCGCCCGCGACCUUUGGCGCCGUGGCACCUCGUGGAUUUCCGGUCCAAAUCGGACGAAUACCGGGGAAGAGGCAGAUGAUGUCGACAGCCCUACCGGAAAGCGGAUGGGCCACUUCCGGCGCAUGACCUACUUUGGCGGUGGCACUGGCGGUGGUGGCAUGUCCGAUGGCGACAACACUACCCCCCGACGAACUUUCUUUAGUACGGACCGUGCGUCCAGCUUUGCUGUGCCCAGGUGGCCGGCCGUGGUAAAGAACACUAUAAAACUCUGGCGCACCAAGAAGGAUGAUAGGUUUGACUACACUAAGUCUGCAGAGCUUAUGGCCGAACUUCGGGCUGGCGCGCCUGCGGCCGUCAUGCUGGCGAGUAUGAUACAGCGUGAUGAGCAUGGCAACAAGCGCAUACCCGUCCUUCUUGAGCAGCUGAAGGUCCGUGUGUCUGAUAGCACCGCGGCACCAGAGUCUGACAAGCCUGACAAGACUGACAGCGAUCGCCAUUGGGUUUUUACGCUUGAUCUUGAGUACGGAAGCGGCCCAAGCCGGAUGAAGUGGCAGGUCAUACGUACGCUUCGAGACAUUUACGAGCUCCACCUCCGUUACAAGUUUGCGUUCGCCAAAGACAUCCAGAGGAGCCUGCCCGGAGGUGCUGGCAGCGCGGACUAUGGUUCUAGGCGAAAACAGCCCAAGUUCCCUCUCUCGACUUUCCCUUAUCUUCGCGGUGUUCGAGGAUUAGCCGACGCCGACGAGAGCGACGAAGAGGGCGUGACGAGCCAGCGAGGUGAAGAAACUGCUGACGAGGGUACUGCUGGAGAAGGCACCGCCAGCGAGAUGGAUGUCCGAGGUGGACGGCGAAGGUCCAGAAUAAUGGGUCCUGGACACCGGAGGCUGAGAUCAACUUUUACAGAUCAAGGUGACCUAUCCGCCGCCGAAGGAUCUGUAACUGGCCAGACCGCCGCCCAGGCAGCAUUCGUGAUAAAGCAGCGCCACAUUGAAAGGCAACGUCGCCUGCUGGAGAAAUAUCUUCAAGACAUGAUUCGUUGGCUCAUGUUCCGAGCCGACAGCAAUCGCCUGUGCCGAUUCUUGGAGCUCUCCGCUCUGGGUGUCCGAUUGGCUGCUGAGGGUAGCUUCCACGGGAAGGAAUGCUACCUACACAUCCAGUCUUCUAAGGGCAUGGAUUUCCGGCGAGUCCUGACUCCCAAGAAGGUGAUUGCACGCCAUAGCCGCAAGUGGUUCCUUGUCCGUGAGAGCUACAUCGUUUGUGUCGAGUCGCCCGAGAACAUGAUCAUCUACGAUGUCUACUUAGUUGAUCCAAAGUUCACCAUCAUCUCAAAGAAAAGCACCUUGAAGCAGAUCGGCGAGAAGAUGAUGGAUACGGCGGAUCCAUCGGCGGCAGAGGAGAAACCCCAGGAGAAGCGCGAGGCGAAGCACCCGAAACACCAUACCCUAACUAUCCAGACGUCGGAAAGAAAGGUCAAGCUAUUUGCCCGGAAAGAGGUGGUUAUGACACAGUUCGAGGAGUCUGUGCGGACGAUGCUAAAGAAUACGCGGUGGCAUGAGAAGAAUCGCUUUGACAGUUUUGCACCGGUUCGCACCGGCGUUUUCGCCGAGUGGCUUGUCGACGGUCGCGAUUACAUGUGGAACGUGUCGCGGGCCAUUAACAUGGCCCGAAAUGUGAUCUACAUUCACGACUGGUGGCUUAGUCCCGAACUCUACUUGCGCCGUCCAGCGGCAAUCAGCCAGAAAUGGCGACUCGACCGGCUCCUGCAACGGAAGGCCCGCGAAGGCGUCAAAAUUUUUGUCAUUAUCUACCGAAACGUCGAGUCCGCCAUUCCCAUCGACUCGGAGUACACUAAGAUUUCGCUUCAUAACCUGCAUCCGAACAUCUUUGUGCAACGCUCGCCCAACCAGUUCAAGAAGAACCAGCUAUUCUUCGCGCAUCACGAGAAACUUUGCAUCGUGGAUCACGAUAUCGUGUUCUUGGGUGGUAUCGAUCUCUGUUUCGGCCGCUGGGAUUGCCCUCAACACCCUCUCGAGGACGACAAGCCCACCGGAUUUGAAGACGGUGGCUUCCCCGCAGAUCCGGCAAAUUGCCAAGUAUUCCUCGGCAAGGACUACUCCAAUCCAAGGGUUCACGACUUCUUCCGCCUCCACCAGCCGUACGAUGAUAUGUAUGACCGCAAGGUCACCCCUCGAAUGCCUUGGCAUGACGUUGGAAUGCAGUUGGCCGGACAGCCCGCCCGCGAUCUCACGCGACACUUUGUUCAGCGAUGGAACUACCUACGUCGUGGUCGGAAGCCCACUCGAGCUCUCCCCUUCCUUCUACCUCCCCCUGACUCGAGACCCGGCGAAUACAAGGAUAUGGGACUCUCAGGCACCUGCGAGGUCCAGAUUCUGCGCUCCGCUGCCGCAUGGUCUCUUGGGACUUACGACACGGAAGUCAGCAUUCAAAACGCUUACGUCAAGAUGAUUGAGGAUUCGGAGCAUUUCGUCUACAUCGAGAACCAGUUCUUUGUUACCAGUACUCAGGCUUACAACACCAAGGUCGUCAAUCGCAUUGGCGACGCCCUCGUCGAUCGAAUUAUUCGCGCAUACCAGAACCAGGAUGACUGGAAAUGCUUCAUCCUCAUUCCAUUGAUGCCUGGGUUUGAGAGCACGGUAGAUGAGCAGCCUGGUAUGAGUGUUCGUUUGAUUGUUCAAUUCCAGUACAGGAGUAUAUGUCGUGGCGAAAGCUCCAUCUUUGAGCGUCUCCGCGCUGUUGGAAUCGAUCCAGAAGACUAUAUCCAGUUUUACAGCCUUCGAAAAUGGGGGAAGCUUCACAAUGAUAUAUUGGUUACUGAGCAGCUAUACAUUCACGCCAAGAUCAUCAUCGCUGAUGACCGUGUUGCUCUGAUUGGCUCGGCCAAUAUCAACGAACGAUCCAUGCUUGGGAACAGAGACUCCGAAGUAGCCGCCAUUAUCAGGGAUACUGACAUGAUCUGGUCAACCAUGGGUGGAAAGCCUUACCAGGUCUCACGGUUCGCCCAUACUUUGCGCAUGCGCCUAAUGAGAGAGCAUUUGGGUCUUGAUGUCGACGAAAUAGAGGCCGAAGAACGGCAGAUAGUUUUGGACCGAGAGGCGGAAAUGAGCCAACAGGCCCAAUUCGAGCAAGAUAUGGACAAGAUCUACGGCGAGACCAAAAGCCCCGAGCCUUCGGAGGAGCACCUCGCACCCAAGAGGCCGCCCUUGAUGCACGUACAGAGCUUCAAUCGCGAUGCCGAGCCGCCGACGGAUGAGGAUGAUAGAGCGAGCAUUCGCUCUAAAGGAAAACAAGUUGAAUUCGACCCGCGAAUCACGGGUAAUGUCGACCACGAGCGUGAGGUUGCUGGCUUCGGAGAGGACCGGUGGAAGACAGCAGCCAAACUCGGUGUUGACCAGGGCAGAGAUUCUAUUGUUGUGGAUGGCCGCGAAGUCCUGCUUCACAACAUCUCCCCAGAGGGCAAGGGCACUCUUGAUAGCCCUAAGAAGUUCUCCCACCACCAUCAUCAUAACUCCCGGCCCCUUUCCUCCAGUCGCCAGAGUGACAUUGCUUCCAGCAUUGAUCCCGGCGAUCGCCUACCCCCCGUCCCUGCUUUGAAUCGCCGGACUACCGAGCAACUUGGUCUACCCAGGGCCAGCCAGCUCCCAACGCUCCCAGCUCUUGACGACACGGAUAUCGGGGGCCCUCCAGCCAUUCCCGAACUAGAUGGCAGGGAUGAAGCGACGCACCCUCUUGCCGCGGACAUCAAACUCGCAUAUAUUGACAAGAACUGCAUGCGGGAUCCGCUUAAUCCCAGCUUCUUCGAAGACGUCUGGAACAGGACGGCGGAAAAUAAUACCCGGCUGUACCGCGAGGUAUUCCGAUGCAUGCCGGAUUCUGAGGUGAAGACGUGGGGCGAGUAUCGUGAUUUCACCAAAUAUGCAAACAAGUUCCACAUGAGCCAGAUGGGGCUGAACAAGAUUCCAAAGCCACAGAGUAAGGGUGGUGAACAUGGUCCUCCCGCUACGGAGCAGGUGUCCGAGAAGGUCAUAUCUUCCGGGCUUGACUCUAACCCAGCCAUUGUCAUGCCGACUGAAGACGAGACCGAGCUCGAUGAGAAGAAGGCUUCUGCAGCUGAGAAUGGAGGCGAACAAGCGUCGAAGAACCGUCCUACCCCAGGUCUGGAUCUAGAGAAGAUCGUCACAGCUUACUCCCAAGAUCAACCGUCCCCUGUCCUCCCUCCAGGAGAUAUCCCGUUCCCUGCCCUGGAACAGCAGCCAACGCACACGACCAGGUUCUUGGAUCCGCUGAAGGAGAAGAGACGGACUACCUUCCUGCCUUCGGAAAAGCCGGCGUCGCGCGACACCUCGGGAUCUGUCCACGGUAAUGUCGGCUCGAUGAGGCGUCGUCGACGAGGCACGACGAAGACCAGCCGACGAGGUCUGGUAUUCGAGGAUGUCCUCAGCCGGGAUGAAGCUGAAGAACUUCUUGGCCUUACGAGAGGCAACCUUGUUCAAUUCCCCUACGACUGGCUGGUAACAGAGGAGAGUAAUGCCAAUUGGGGCUACCACCUUGACGGAAUGGCGCCAAUCAGCAUCUAUACCUAA